GAGCUCAUGUUUAUUGAGCUUUUCUCAUGUAUCAGAGGCUAUUUGCACCUGUCAUCUCAUUUCCCCCUCCCAGCAGCCCUGCACAGGAUUAUUUAAUACCCAGUGCUCUCCCUGAGAGGGUAGGAAACUGGUCCAAGGCAAUGAGUUGUUUCUUCUGUAAGGGGGUCUCCUGGGCCACCGUGACGCUGCUGCUUCUGCUACUGUUGCUGCCGCCUGCGGUGCUGUCGCCCGGGGCGGCGGCGCAGCCACUGCCCGACUGCUGCCGUCAAAAGACGUGCUCCUGCCGCCUCUACGAGCUGCUACACGGCGCUGGCAAUCACGCGGCCGGCAUCCUCACUCUGGGCAAGCGGCGGCCAGGGCCCCCGGGCCUGCAAGGCCGGCUGCAGCGCCUCCUGCAGGCCAGCGGCAACCACGCAGCGGGCAUCCUGACCAUGGGCCGCCGCGCAGGCGCAGAGCCAGCGCCGCGCCUCUGCCCGGGGCGCCGGUGUCUCGCUGCGGCUGCCUCAUCUGUAGCGCCGGGAGGACGGUCUGGGAUCUGAGCCCUUGCUCGGGUUCUGCCUGGCCCCACCCUAGCCCGGCCCUCUCCCCUCUGCCCGCCCGAGGUCAGCCCCCCAGAAAAAGGGCAAUAAAGACGAAGUCUCCCUC